GGGACAACAUCAGUCGCUUUAUAGCAAUGCCUUUAUUCAUUUAUUUAUUUUAAGUCUGCGGCCUGGGGCACUGUCCUAGGUGCUGACCGCAGAGUCGUUCAGGUAUUGCGAGCGCCGUCCGUGGUGCUGACCCGUGAUAGAAGGGCAGCGAUUGCAGCGGAGGAGCGUUGUGCUGGAGAGUUCUUCGUGGUGCUGCUUGGCUGAGCGCAAGAGGUUUUUCGAUCUCUUGGGCCGCGGGAGCUAGCCUUGGUGCUGAAAGCCUGUCCGGGCACUGCAGCCCUAUGGAUCCCUAAAAGCUGGGAGUUUCUCGCUUGCUCAGCACCUUUGCAUUCCCGAGAAACCGAAUCCAGUCUCAUCAACAACACCCUCACGCCCUCCGACUCAGCUCGGUUCAGGACGAGCUCUGUUUAGAUGUGUUUCAUUGGCACCUUUUUCUCUCCAGGAGAGGAGGAAAAUGUAGCAGGCUGAAGCAGAGAAAACCGCGGGGCUUGCUUGCUGCAUUGAGGUCUGGCUCGGAGCCGAUGCUUUGAGCCUUGACGCAAGAAAAUUUUUCUUGAUAAAGAAAUGGAGACCUACUGGGGAUAUCAGAGCGGGGCUGGCAGCCCUUAUGCCUACUCGGGGAUGGGUGCCAAUGGAGCUGGCAUCCAAAGCAGCACUUACUACAACGAGGACCUUCUGCACAAGACAAUCCUAGUUGGAGACAGCGGAGUGGGGAAGACGUCACUGCUAGUCCAGUUUGACCAGGGCAAGUUCAUACCAGGCUCAUUUUCUGCAACCGUGGGCAUUGGAUUUACCGUGAUGCUGCUUGGAGAUUCAGGCGUGGGGAAAACCUGCUUCCUCAUCCAGUUCAAAGAAGGGGCCUUCCUCUCUGGGACCUUCAUAGCCACCGUCGGCAUAGACUUCCGGAAUAAAGUGGUGACAGUGGAUGGUGUGAAUGUGAAGCUGCAGAUCUGGGACACUGCAGGCCAGGAGCGGUUCCGGAGUGUGACUCAUGCUUACUAUCGAGAUGCACAGGCACUCCUCCUCCUUUACGAUAUAACCAGCAGAAUGUCCUUCGACAAUAUUCGGGCCUGGCUCACAGAGGUCCAUGAAUAUGCCCAAAGGGAUGUGGUCAUUAUGCUGCUAGGCAAUAAGGCUGACAUGAGCAGUGAGAGAGUGAUAAGAACAGAAGAUGGGGAAUCGCUAGCCAGGGAAUAUGGAGUUCCUUUCAUGGAGACCAGUGCCAAGACUGGUAUGAACGUGGAACUGGCCUUUCUGGCCAUUGCAAAGGAGCUCAAACAGCGAGCCAUCCUGCAGCCAGAGGAGCCCCGGUUCCAAAUCCAUGACUAUAUAGAGUCACAGAAGAAGAGGACCAGCUGCUGCGCCUUCCUUUGAGAGAGGAGAAUGCAAGGCAGCCUGGACGACCAAGAGCCAAGAAAAGUGGCCAAGCAGCAGACUGGCAUAUUGGAAACGCAGGGAGGGAGCUGGGGAGGGGGUUUGAUUUUUUGCAGGGCUGGGGGGAGAGGCCCUCUCCAAAGACAAUACCUUUUAGAAUAUUGUCAUAGGUUAUAAAUAAGAAAUAAGUCAUGCCUGUCGUUGGUGUGCAUGCACGUGUGUGUUGGGGGGCAUACGUGAAGAGAAAGGUGUGUGUGUGUGUGUGUGUG